UCGGAUGGCACUUGACCCUCUAGGCGCCGUAAACCUGCAGAGCAUCAUGGCGCUGAGCUGUCGACUGGUAUUGGCCGCGCUCAGACUGUGGGGUCCGGGAGGUGGGAGAAGGCCCAUAUCCCUCUCUGUGGGAGCCUCAGGCGGCUUUGGAUGUGGAGGAAACAGUGAGAAGAAGCUUUCUCUGCAGGACGUAGCUGAGCUGCUUCGGACCAGAGCCUGCAGUAGGGUUGUGGUCAUGGUGGGGGCCGGCAUCAGCACACCCAGUGGCAUCCCGGACUUCAGAUCCCCAGGGAGUGGCCUCUACAGCAACCUUCAGCAGUAUGACAUCCCGUACCCCGAGGCCAUCUUUGAACUAGGCUUCUUUUUUCACAACCCCAAGCCCUUUUUCACGUUGGCCAAGGAGCUGUACCCUGGGCACUACAGGCCCAAUGUCGCUCACUACUUCCUUCGGCUGCUUCACGACAAGGAGCUGCUUCUGCGGCUCUACACACAGAACAUCGACGGGCUUGAGAGAGCAUCUGGUAUCCCUGCCUCAAAGCUGGUUGAAGCUCAUGGGUCCUUUGUAUCAGCUACGUGCACGGUCUGUCGAAGGUCCUUCCCAGGGGAAGACAUACGGGCUGACGUGAUGGCAGACAGGGUGCCCCGCUGCCCUGACUGUACUGGCGUUGUGAAACCUGACAUUGUGUUCUUUGGGGAGCAGCUGCCAGCAAGGUUCUUACUACAUGUGGCUGAUUUCGCCUUGGCAGAUCUGCUACUCAUUCUUGGGACCUCCCUGGAGGUGGAGCCUUUUGCCAGCUUGUCUGAAUCGGUACAGAAAUCAGUGCCCCGACUGCUCAUCAAUCGAGACUUGGUGGGGUCCUUUGCUCUGAGUCCUCGAAGGAAAGAUGUGGUCCAGCUAGGGGAUGUAGUCCAGGGUGUGGAAAGGCUGGUGGACCUCCUGGGGUGGACACAAGAGCUGCAGGAUCUCAUCCAGCGGGAAAAUGGAAAGCUGGAUGGACAGGACGGAUAAGACUAUGGCUUACUUCUUCACCUGCGGGGAAGUCGCACAGGAGAUCAUCCUAUUCCCAGGGAUACCUCAUGUCUGAAAACAGCUCCGACAGGUUUACAAACAUGGGCCAGACCACAACAGGUGUCCUGGGCAGUAGUCCCGAGGCUGCCUUUGUUAAGGCUGACCAGGGACCUUUACCCUUGGGGCCAUGUGUCACCAUGCAAAGGAGCUCCACGUGUGUGCUCUGUCCACCCACCACUGCUGAAGUUUGUAGUACAGAUGCUGCUUUCUGACAGAGGCCUUAGUUACCAAGAGGGCAGGGCAGCAUGCCCAUCGCUAGACAGCUGAUCUGCUAGGCUAAUCUAGCAUGUUGGUUGGUAAAGUGGCAUCUUCAACUGAAAAAUCAUUUCUCGCAUGAAAUAAAUUUAGUAUAAAAAUGUG